UAGUAAUUUGGUUUUUGGUCGCCUUCUAGUGUUAUCAUUUUAGCGAACCUGUCACGAGAGUAAAAUGUCUCGUUUUGGGUUUUAGCUAAUAAAUGAUAACGUCUUGUUUAAUACGAUGUUUAGUACCUAAUAAACAAAUUUAAGUUGUAGUGAAUAGUGAACGUAAACUUAAAAUCUAUUUAUUCUAGUGUUAAGUGCUACCUGAAGAAUUCUCUACCUAAAAUGGCUAAUUUUGUGAGGACUAUGGAUUUCCCAAGGUUUUACCAGUACUUAUGCACGUUUCUGAUAGUAUUUUGUGUGAUAAAUGAGGGUUUUUCGGCCAUAAGUAACGAAUCAACAAGUAGAUCUGACGCCCCAGGUCACUGCAUAUGGUACGGUGAAUGCAACCAAAUUGGCUCCCGGAAACAGAACUGUUUGUACAACGGUACUGCCUUACCUCUAACCGGCAAAGGCCCGAGUAUUCUCAGUAAGUGGUGUCCCCACUUAAAUGCCUCUGCUACCUGCUGCGAUGAGCAUCAGCUCAAAUCCUUCGACACCAACAUAUUGAUGGCUGGGAACUUCUUGAAAAGAUGUCCUUCUUGUUUUUCUAACCUAGUGAGUCACCUGUGCCAGAUGACUUGCUCGCCAGUACAGUCCGAUUUCAUAAACGUUAAGAAAACGGCUGUGAAUGCUCAGACGAAUAAAACUUACAUUUCGGAGAUUGAUCUGUAUAUAAUGGAGGACUAUAUGCAGGGUACCUACAAUUCCUGCAGACAAGUUAGUGUGCCAUCAACAGGACAGUUGGCACUGGACAUCAUGUGCGGACCAUGGGGUGCUGAUAAGUGCUCCGCGUUACGAUGGUUUUCUUACAUGGGUGAUGCCUCGUCAUAUUUUGUGCCUUUCCAGAUCAAUUAUUUUAACCAAACGAAGCCGGUGGUGAACGGCUUUAAACCUUUGAAUGUUACAGUUACGCCUUGUAGUAAGCCAUUAGAUGAAAAUUCUUCAGCCUGCAGUUGCGUAGACUGUGAGGCGAGUUGUCCGGUACCACCACCUCAACCGCCACCACCCCAACCUUUCCGGAUUGCCGGGUGCGACGGAUAUGCCUUUGUCAUGGUCGUGGUUUUCCUCGUAGGUUCCACAAUGUUCCUAUUGGUGGUGUUUAUGUGCUCAUCUUCUGCAAAUGUUGGAGAUAAUGCUUACAACUUUGAGCGAGAAAUAUUUGACGCAGAAUUAGAACCGGAGGAGCGCCAAGUGGGUUUGGUGACCGGGCACAGAUCUGAGGAGUUGAGGGCGGUAGUUGCCCGUAGGUUGGCCGCCAGUGAACGUCAUUCCUCCCAGGUGGCUUUAGGAGAUGGAGAGGAUAGUCCGCUUCAAUCGUCGAAGAGAUCUAGUAUAACGUCUGAGAUUGGUCAUGAGAUGGACACACAUUCCGUCAACAAGGCGACGAAUGACUAUGACCAUCCGUCAUCAUUCAUUGAAAAAUUGGGUGCAAACACCGAUACUUAUCUUCAGAAAAUCUUCGAAUGGUGGGGAACUUACUGUGCAGAAAGACCGUGGCUUAUAUUAUUCUUAGGUCUGUGCGUCUUUGUCGGUUUAGGACAUGGGAUAAAAUAUUUGAACAUUACAACAGAUCCCGUCGAGCUAUGGGCCGCGCCAUCAUCUCGCAGCCGCGUUGAGAAAGAUUACUACGACAGUCAUUUCGAACCAUUUUAUAGAAACGAGCAGAUUAUAAUAAAGGCCGUAAAUCUUGACAAAAUUCGCCAUAAUACGUCAAAAGGCAUCGUCACUUUCGGACCGGCUUUCAAUAAUACUUUUCUAAAAGCCGUGUUUGCAUUGCAAGAAAAAAUCAAGGCCAUCGGGCGCAAUACGCCAUACAGUUACGAUAAAAUAUGUUUUGCGCCUCUGAGAAGUGAGGAUGACACUGAAACUAAUGUCGAAGAGUGCGUGGUCCAAAGUAUCUGGGGCUACUAUCAAGACAACAUGGACACCUUCAAUAGUACUGGGCUAGAUCCAGCCAAUUUCACAACCAAUUACUUGGACCACUUUUUGACGUGUGCAGGAAAUAUCUACAACCCGGACUGUCUCGCCAAGUACGGGGGUCCUGUAGACCCAGCGAUAGCCCUCGGUGGUUUCUUACAGCCAGGAGAAACUCUGGCAAAAGACCCGCACUAUGAAAAUGCCACGGCGAUUAUCUUGACGUUCCUAGUCGAUAACUACCAUAACAAAAGCAGAUUGGUGCCCGCCUUGGAAUGGGAAAAGGAAUUUAUAGCCUUCAUGAAAAACUGGACGGCAACCGAGAAGCCCGAGUUUAUGGACGUAGCCUUCACCUCGGAGAGAUCUAUAGAGGACGAAUUGGAUAGAGAAAGUCAGUCUGACGUAGUAACCAUCUUAAUCUCGUAUCUCAUUAUGUUCGCUUAUAUUGCCGUGUCUUUAGGACAGGUUAACAGUUGCUCCAGGUUGCUGAUCGACAGCAAAGUCACUCUAGGUUUGGGAGGUGUUAUAAUCGUAUUAGCUUCGGUUGUUUCAUCAGUGGGGCUGUUUGGAUUCUGCGGGUUGCCGGCUACUCUAAUCAUCAUAGAGGUCAUUCCGUUCUUGGUUCUCGCCGUGGGAGUCGAUAACAUAUUCAUUUUAGUUCAAACGCACCAACGCGACAAGAAGAGGCCUUCCGAGACCCACGCCCAACAUAUCGGCCGUACUCUGGGCCAAGUAGGUCCCUCUAUGCUUCUGACAAGUGUUUCCGAGAGUUGCUGUUUCUUCUUAGGAGGACUUUCCGACAUGCCGGCAGUGAGAGCCUUCGCUCUCUACGCUGGUAUGGCCCUUCUGUUUGACUUCAUCCUGCAAAUCACUUGCUUCGUGAGCCUCCUAUCACUCGAUACCAUACGGCAAGCGAGCAAUCGAUUCGACAUAUGCUGCUGCGUUCAAGGCUCUAAAAAGAACGAACCUGACCCCGACGCCGCCAGGCAAGAGGGCAUGCUUUACACAUUCUUCAAAUCCAUCUACGUCCCUAUUCUAAUGAACAAAGUGGUGAGGUGUGUCGUCAUGAUAGUGUUCUUCGGAUGGCUCUGUUCGUCGAUUGCGGUUGUGCCGCACAUAGAAAUCGGACUCGACCAGGAACUGUCAAUGCCGGAGGAUAGCUUCGUACUGAAAUAUUUCAAAUAUCUGAAGGAUUACUUGAGUAUCGGACCCCCGAUGUACUUCGUGGUAAAGGGUGGAUUGAACUACAGCCAGCCCGAAGCGCAGAAUUUGUUAUGCGGUGGGCAGUACUGUAACAUUGACUCGCUGGUGACGCAAGUUUUCGUUGCUAGUAAGGUUCCCGAAACUUCGUUCAUCUCCAGACCCAGUUCCAGCUGGUUGGAUGACUAUAUCGAUUGGUCCGUGGCAGCAGAGAGUUGUUGCAAGUAUAACGAAACCACAGGGAGUUUUUGUCCACACAGUGACUCGGACUGCGACACUUGCGAAAUAAACUACCGUUCAGACAACCAUCGACCCGUGGCGGAAGACUUUGAACGAUACGUUUCGUUCUUCCUCCGAGAUAACCCCGACUCAGACUGUGCCAAAGGAGGUCAUGCUGCCUACGGGCCAGGAGUCAAUUACAAAACCAAUCCGGACACUAAGUUGUCUACUGUAGGCGCUUCCUACUUUAUGGCUUACCACACGAUUAUGAAGAGCUCGGCUGAUUUCUACGAAGGUUUGCGGGCAGCCAGAAAAAUCUCUGCCAACAUCACAAACACUAUAGGGGUGGAAGUGUUCCCCUAUUCCGUCUUCUACGUUUUCUACGAGCAGUAUCUCACCAUGUGGCCUGACACCUUGCAAAGCCUGGGAGUGAGCUUGCUCGCCAUUUUCAUCGUCACCUUCUUACUCAUGGGCUUGGAUAUAUUCUCCAGUCUCGUCGUUCUCAUAACCAUCACGAUGAUAUUGGUCAAUCUCGGCGGACUCAUGUACUGGUGGCACAUAACCCUCAACGCGGUGUCUCUAGUAAAUCUCGUGAUGGCCGUUGGUAUAUCGGUGGAGUUCUGUUCGCAUUUGGUUCACAGUUUCUCGGUUUCCGUUAAACCCACGAGGGUGGAGAGGGCCGCCGACGCCUUGACUCGCAUGGGAAGCUCGAUUUUCUCCGGGAUCACGUUGACCAAGUUCGGGGGCAUCAUCGUGCUAUACUUCGCGAAAUCUCAGAUUUUCCAGGUGUUCUACUUCAGGAUGUAUCUGGGGAUUGUGCUCUAUGGCGCGGCGCACGGAUUGGUAUUCCUUCCCGUACUGCUGAGUUUCAUAGGCGUGAUGCAAAGGAGAGGAUCACGUCACCGAGCACAUCUGGAGGGACCAACCGAAUCGUCAGUUGUAUCGCCUCUGCUGUCAUCUACAUCGCGGCAUGGCUAUGAUGCUAUAGCCCCUGCGUUUACAUGACGUAGCUUGUUUUUAUUUAUUUCUAGUGCGGUUGUGAUUGGAAAUUCGAAAUAGUUCUGGUGUACAUGUAUCGCGUGAAAUCUCUCCACCGUGUGCAUGUGCGUUUGUCUCUCGGUUAGAAAAUGACACUGUCAUUUCGUGACACUUUAAUAAGGUUAAUUUAUCAAAAAAAAUAAGUCGAUAACUAGACCUCUAGGUGUUUGUUAUAGUUAAGUCAAUUGUCAACCAAAGUAUUUUUCUUAAAAUUUCAAGACUGCUUUUUUAAAGCUAGCUGUCCUUUUUUUAAAAGGUAAAUUGUUACAUGUUUGAUAUUUUAAAGUGGAAUCGACGAGAAUAUUAAUUUCUCAUGUUUUUAUAAGUAUAAUAAUUACAGUAUUGAUCAGAUAUUUGUCGUAAUUUUGUAUUUAGGAAAUUACGUUUUUUAUAACAAAAUAUACUUAAGCGCAAAAAAUAAAUUUAACUUUGUUAAAUUUAUAAACGGGUUUUGUAACGCAACAUUUUUGCUACUAAAUUUCAAAAUUUUGAAAAUAGAUGUUGCGCGGUAGCGAAAAAUGUUGAUUUGCACAUCUUCAAUUUUGCAUAUGCAGCAAUUUUCACAAUUAUUUUUAUUUUACAAAAGCUACUGGUGUAAUAAACUCCAUUGGAUAUUUAAGUUUUUUUUAUAUGUGGCUUGGAAUAGAUCUAUCGCAGUAAAAAGAAAAGGCUAAAUGUGCUCUAACAUAUGUAGUUCGUCCAAUAGUUUACUAAGGCUCAUUUAUGUGUACAUUAUAUUUACAGGGUGUUUGAAUCAUUUCUUGAAAGUUAUUUUUGUAUCUUAUCAAAUUUUAUUUGACGUCAGCCGUUUUUUGUUUAGAUAUAUACAGUAGGGUGGCCCAAAAAAAACGAAUAUUUGUUUUUUGUGUUGUGAAAAUAUGUAUGUCAGUUUAUCACGUUUUAAGGGCCCCCUCAAAAAAUCAGCUCAAAAAAAAUUGUUUUAGAGGUCGCUCAAGAUUUUUAAAAAUUUGCAAAUGAUU